AUGGAUGCCACAGAAAUAACCAACCAAAGGCAGCGCAAGACAAGCAAAGGCAGGCAAAAGAUCGAGAUCAAGAAGUUAGAGAAUGUAAACAGACGCUAUGUUACUUUUUCUAAACGCAAGCAUGGGAUUUUCAAAAAAGCCACCGAGCUUUCCACCUUAUGCGGUGCUGAAAUCGCCGUUGUACUUUUCUCUGGACAUGGGAAAGUGUUUUCUUGUGGCAACCCAGAUGUGGACGAGGUUAUUGAUCGAUAUCUGGCCGAGACAGAAGGAGAUGGUGGAAAUUCUUGUUUAGUGGAAAGCAGCAGCAGCAGCAGUAGUACUGCAGUACAGACUGUGGAUGAGCAAGAAUACAAUAAAUCUCUUGCGCGAUUAGAAGAGAUGAAAAGAGCUGUGCAGAUGAAUAGCAACGUGAUCAACAACGGAGAAUUUUGGUGGGAUUUACCCAUAGAGAUGAUGGGGAAGGAAGAGCUUGAAGGUUAUAAAGAAUCGCUGGUGAAGUUGAGGAAGAAUGUUCUUUCAAAGAUUGAAGAGAUGGCCGCAAACAAUGCUGCGAAUGAGUCAAGGAUUAUCAGCCAGUUCAUUCAUCAAAAUGGAGCUUGGAGUGAUUUAGUUGCUGCAAAUCAUGUUCAGGAAUUAGAUCUCCAUAUUUGCAUCGACAGACGUUCAAGGGUAGUAUAUGUAUUGCGAUGGGAAUAUCCUUUGCCUCAAUCUCUUUUAUCUGCCGAUUGCUUGAAGGUUUUUAAAUUAAAGCAGUGUGCUCUAGGGAAUCUGUGGCCUAUGCCCCGUAAUAUACAACUUUCUGGUUUUGGAAAAUUGAAGAAGGUUAAGAUUUUCAACCACUCUGAACCCACAAACUUCUAUAAAGCCAACACUCACCCUAAAUGGUGUGAGGCUAUGGAAGAAGAACUUUUUGCUCUAGAAAAGAAUGAUACAUGGAGUAUUGUAUCUCUUCCUCCGGAUAAAAAACUCGUGGGAUGCAAGUGGAUAUACAAAAUCAAGUACAACAGUGAUGGAAUCAUUGAAAGAUACAAGGUCAGACUUGUAGCCCGAGGCUUCACGCAAACCUAUGGAGUUGACUAUCAAGAGGUCCUUGCUCCAGUGGCCAAAAUGAAUAUGGUCAUAAUCCUCCUCUCAAUAGCAAUCAAUCAGGGCUAG